AUGGCCCCUAUAAAGCGCAAGGGCAAUGCUGCGGAGGAGGCAGUGACUCGUCAGCCCCAGAAGCGUGUUCGAGUUGGAGGAGCUGAACAGGGCAAAGAUCAGAAAAAGCAGAGAACAACAGAAUCUACCAGCGAUCUUAAACCUACCGAACUUACGGUGCUGCGCGAUGACGAGCCUUCGUUUCCUCGUGGUGGCGGAAGCGUCCUCACACCUCUCGAAAAGAAGCAGAUCCAUAUCCAAGCGACUAAGGAUGUGCUAUUCGAGCAGAAGGGGUCCAAGAAGUCAUCUGACAAUUUCGCCGUUGGAGAUGACGAUGAAGACAUUGAGAUGAACGAUGCGGAAGACAAUGCGACCUCUGCCAAACAGUCUCGGAAAAGGAAGACCAAAAGCAAGAAGCGCGCAGAGCAAGAAGCAAACGAGAAGCAGGGUGUGCGAAUUGAAGGUCUCAACUUCAAGCGUAUUGUACCGGGAUCGAUGGUCCUAGGCCAAGUGUCGAGCAUUAAUGCUCACGAUAUUGGUUUAUCUCUUCCGAAUAACCUCACUGGAUAUGUUCCCUUGACUGCAGUUUCCAAGAAGUUGGAAGAGAAGAUUGAGAAGAUUCUUAAUGAUAAUGACAAUGAGGAUAGCGACGCGGAGGAAGAGGAGGACGACGAAGAUUCUUUGGAUCUGACCGACUACUUCUAUCUUGGCCAGUACCUGCGGGCAUCCGUUGUUUCUGUUGGGAGCAACGCCGCAGAUGCUCCUUCGAAGAAUAAGAAGCGUAUUGAACUCUCAGUCGACCCAAGACAGACAAACGCCGGGUUCUCAAAAUCGGAUCUGGAGGUCAAUGCUGCCAUUCAAGCUUCGGUUGUCAGUGUGGAAGACCAUGGACUGGUAAUGGACCUGGGUAUCGAGGGCGCAGACGUCAAGGGCUUCAUGUCUAAGAAGGAGAUCGACCCCAAGACAGACUAUUCGAGCAUCAAAGAAGGAUCUGUUUUCCUGUGCAUGGUCACUGGCCAAAACGCCAACGGAAGCGUCGUCAAACUAUCCGCCAACCUUCAGUCUGCUGGAUCUAUCAAGAAAUCACAUUAUCUCAGCACGGCAUCGACAAUUAACUCAUUCCUUCCCGGCACUGCAGCAGAAAUCCUAUUGACGGACGUCUCUUCUAGCGGAUUGGUCGGUAAGAUCAUGGGUAUGUUGGAUGCCACAGUGGACUUGGUGCAGUCUGGUGGCAACUCUGGAAAGGACGACUUAACAAAGAAGUUCCAGAUCGGUGCUAAGAUCAAGGGACGUAUUGUCUGCACCUUCCCAGCUUCUGAGCCAUUCAAAGUUGGUUUCUCACUACUCGACCAUGUUCUGAAGUUUGCGACUGAGGGUCAUGGACCUGGCACGUCUGAGGAUGCACCGGCAAUUUCUGCAAUCAUACCUGAAACCAAAGUCGUCAUGGUUGAUCCUGGACUGGGUGUUUACGUGCAGAUGGGCUCUACGAAACACAUGGGCUUUGUUCAUGUCUCCCGAUUAGCAGACGGGAAAGUUGAAAACAUCGCACCUGAACAUGGUCCCUUCCGAAUUGAUUCCGUCCAUGAGGCUAGGGUUGUCGGCUACAGUGCUUUUGAUGGCCUCUAUCUACUCUCCUUUGAGAGGAAGGUUAUUGAACAGCCCUUCUUACGUCUGGAGGAUGUGACUGUGGGUGCUGUGGUCAAAGGGAAGGUUGAGAAGCUGUUGAUUGGGCCGGCCGGGGUAGACGGUCUGAUUGUGGCUUUGGCUGACGGUAUCACCGGUCUUGUUCCCUCUAUGCACUUUGCAGAUGCGGCCCUCCAAUUCCCUGAGAAGAAGUUCCGGGAAGGCAUGACGAUCACGGCUCGAAUCUUGUCGGUCAACCUUCAGAAGCGUCAGAUUCGCCUAACUCUGAAGAAGAGUCUGCUCAACAGCGAAUCUGCCAUCUGGAAGGAUUACCAAGACAUCGUCCCAGGCUCUCAGUCUCCGGGCACAAUUGUAAACAUUCAACCACAUGGCGCUGUCGUCCAGUUCUACGGCUCGGUUCGCGGUUUCCUUCCUGUGUCGGAGAUGAGCGAAGCUUACAUCAAGGAUCCCUCGCAACACUUCAGACAAGGGCAAGUGGUUAACGUCCACGCUUUAAGUGUGGACCCAUCUCUUGGAAAACUAGCAGUUUCAUGCAAAGACCCCUCGACCUUCACCGAGACAUAUAAGAAGGCGUUCGAGAAGAUUCAGCCCGGGCUGCUUGUCACAGGGACGGUUUUCGAGAAGUCUGUCGACGAUGUCCUUCUGAAGUUGGACGAGUUCGGUCUUAUUGCUCGGUUAGAUCUGGCGCAUGUGGUGGACGGUUCUGAAUCCAAGCAGAGCUCGGCGCUCUCAAAGAUUCGUGUUGGCCAGAAGCUCAAUGAUCUUCUUGUACUUGACAUUCAGAGAGCCCGCAGACUCAUCAAAGUCUCGGCUAGAGCGAGUCUCAAGAAAGCAGCGAAGCAAGGAUCCCUUCCGGCCAAGUUUGAGGAUAUCCAAGAAGGCGCCGAAGUCACUGGUUUCGUCCGAAACAUCACAUCCGACGGACUGUUUAUCGAGUUCCUCGGUGGCAUUACCGGAUUGGUGCCUAAGAGGCUCUUAGCGGACGAGAACGCCAGUAAAUCUGAUUAUGGCAUGCUCAAAUCGCAGAUUGUUACUGCAACUGUGCACUCCCUCGAGACCGACUUCCAAAGAUUCAUACUGAGCAUGAAGCCUUCAGAAGCAACCUCAGCUGGUCCAAAGAAACCCGCUCCCAAGCCUACUCCUUCGAACGAUGUGGUCGGCAAUGCUGUGGAUGAAAGCAUCCAGUCGAUGUCCGAUUUCACCUUUGGCAGGACCGUGAAGUGUAAGGUCGUUUCUGUCAAGGCGACCCAAGUCAACGUUCAACUUGCGGACAAUAUUCAAGGUCGCAUUGACGUCUCCGAGGUCUUCGAUAAGUGGGAAGACAUCAAGGACCGCAAACAACCGUUGCGAUUCUUCCGUCCCAAGCAAAUCAUCUCAGCUAGAAUCUUGGGUAUCCACGAUGCCCGCAGCCACAAAUUCCUUCCAAUCAGUCACCGCUCUGGGAAGUUCCCCGUUUUUGAACUUUCCAUUAAGCCAAGUUUCCUACAGGCCGCCAACCCUUCCCCGUUGAACUUGGAGCAAGUCCAGGUUGGCUCAACCUGGGUCGGUUUCAUCAACAACGUUGCCGACGAUUGUCUCUGGAUCAACCUCUCACCCAAUGUUCGCGGACGACUACGGUUCAUGGACGCUUCGGAUGAUCUGUCUCUUUUUGCCGACGUGGAGAAGCACUUUCCGAUCGGCUCAGCGCUGAAGGUCCACGUCACUGCCGUCGACACCGAAAAGGGCCGCCUAGACCUGACAGCCAAGCAACGGUCUAGCAAGCUGUCCUUGGAAGACAUUUCCAUUGGCAUGAUUCUUCCCGGACGAGUCACGAAGGUCACAGAGAAGCAGGUCAUUAUGCAGCUCAGCGACUCAGUCGUGGGUGCCGUCAAUCUGAUUGAUUUGGCCGACGACUACUCGAAGGCAAACCCUACUGUCUACCACAAGAACGAGGUGCUCCGUGCUUGCGUGGUGGGUGUCGACAAAGCCAACAAGAAGAUUUCCCUCUCUCUCCGCCCGUCGAAAGUUCUGAGUUCCUCACUUGCGGUGCAGGAUCCCGAAAUCACGUCUAUGAAGCAACUCAAGGUCAACGACGUGGUUCGAGGAUUUGUCAAGAGAGUGGCUGAUAGCGGUCUCUUUGUAACUCUGGGCCACGAUGUAACGGCCUACGUUCGCGUCUCGGACUUGUCGGACUCCUACCUUAAGGAGUGGAAGGACUCUUUCCAGGUCGACCAGUUAGUCAAGGGACGGGUCACUGUUGUUGAUCCCGAGCAAGGCAGAUUGCAGAUGAGUCUCAAGGAAUCUGUCUUGGAUCCAGACUACAAGGCGCCGAUCACGAUGCAUGACCUUAAAGUCGGUCAGGUUGUCACUGGCAAGGUUCGCAAAGUGGAGGAAUUCGGCGCCUUCAUUGUCAUCGAUCGCUCCGCCAACGUCAGUGGUCUAUGCCAUCGUAGCGAGAUGGCUGACAAGCGAGUUGACAGCGCCCGCACCUUGUACGAGGAAGGCGACGUCGUCAAAGCCAAGAUCAUCAGGAUCGAUCGCGAGUCAGGGAAGAUUUCGUUCAGCUUGAAGGCUUCCCACUUCAAGGAUCAUGAUGAGGAAGAUGAAAGCGGCAGUGACGACGACGUCAGCCUAGAUGGCAUGGGUGGUGUCGAUCUAGAAGGUAGUGACAAUUCCGAGGAUGAUGACGAUGACGAAUCCAUGGGAGGCGUUGAUCUUGAGGAAGACAGUGAGAGUGAUGGUGAGGAGAGCGACGAGGAUGUGGAGAUGACCAGCGCACCCGUUAACAGAGACGGGGGCCUCGGUGCAACGGGCUUUGACUGGAGUGGAAACGUCAAAGACGAUGAGGACGAAGCGAUGCAGUCGGAUUCCGAUGAUGAAGACAGCUCUCGGAAGAAGAAAAAGAAGAACCGUAAGCCUGAGAUCCAGGUAGAUCGGACUGGCGAGUUGGACGCCAAUGGGCCACAGUCAGUUGCCGACUACGAACGACUACUGCUCGGUGAACCUGACUCUUCGCUGCUGUGGCUGAAGUACAUGGCCUUCCAGUUGGAGCUCGGCGAAGUCGAAAAGGCCAAGGAAAUCGCUGAGCGUGCCCUUCGCACCAUUAGCAUCGGUCAGGACGCCGAGAAGUUGAACAUUUGGGUGGCUCUGCUCAACUUGGAGAACACAUACGGCAAUGAUGACAGUCUCGACGAGGUGUUCAAGCGCGCCUGCCAGUACAACGAUACGCAGGAGAUCUACGACCGCAUGACGAGCAUCUACAUUCAGUCAGGAAAGAAUGAAAAAGCGGAUGAGCUCUUCCAGACGGCUCUCAAGAAGAAGAUCUCCAACACGCCCAAGUUCUUCCUGAACUACGCCAGCUUCCUGUUUGAUAGCAUGGCGGCGCCCGAUCGUGCUCGUGCUCUGCUUCCUCGCGCAAUCCAGUCUUUGCCCUCUCAUACGCACGUGGAGCUUACCUCUAAAUUCGGCCAGCUGGAGUUCCGCUCGCCCAACGGAGACGUCGAACGUGGCCGAACUGUGUUUGAGGGCCUGCUCUCCUCGUUUCCCAAGCGGGUUGACCUGUGGAACGUACUCUUGGACUUGGAAAUCAAGAAUGGCGAUGCGGAGCAGGUGCGCCGCCUUUUCGAGCGCGUACUUGGUAUCCGGGACGCCAAGAAGGGCGCUGCUGCUCCCAUGGAUGCCAGCAAGAAGCUCCGUCCCAAGCAGGCCAAGUUCUUCUUCAAGAAGUGGCUGUCGUUUGAAGAGAAACUGGCAGCUGCUAAUGGCGGUGAUGAAAAGAUGGUGGAGGAGAUCAAGGCCAAGGCGGCGGAUUAUGUCAAGUCUCUGCAGAACGCAUGA